AUGGCUCAAGCUUCUAAUUUCUUUCAAUGCUCCCAGCACCAGGACCAUCAGGCUGCAUUAGAAGUAUCAGAACCAGCUCUUUCCAGCCAGUGCCGAGCAACAGGCAUCUCUGGGGACAACUGGCACAAGCUCUGCAAGACCGGGGACAAGAGAAAGUCCUACCAGGAGAAGUGGAAGAAUGAGCUGGGACGCCCCACUGCAAACACCAAGGUUGACCCCCGCUGUGUAGACACAGUCCAUGGGCAGGGAGGUAACAAGAAGUACCGGGCCUUGAGGCUGGAUGUGGGGAACUUCUCCUGCGGCUCCGAGUGUUGCACACGAAAGACGAGGAUUAUUGAUGUUGUGUACAAUGCUUCCAACAAUGAACUGCUCCAUACCAAGACCCUGGUGAAGAACUGCAUUGCGCUCAUUGAUAGCACAACAUACCGACAGUGGUAUGAAUCCCACUAUGCACUGCCCCUGGGCCACAAGAAAGAGACCAAGCUGACUCCUGAGGAAGAAGAGAUUUUAAACAAAAAGUGGUCAAAGGAAACUCAGAAGAAGUAUGAUGAAAGGAAAAAGACUGCCAAAAUCAGCAGUCUCCUAGAGGAGCAGUUCCUCCCGCAGGGCAAGCUUCUCGCAGACGUCCCUUCAAGACCAGGCCAGUGUGGCCGAGGAGAUGGCUAUGUGCUAGAGGGCAAGGAGCUGGAGUUCUAUCUGAGGGAAAUCGAGGCUCAGAAAGGCAAAUGA